CGAUUAGCAUCGUGAUUCCUCAUCUCCACGGUAAUUUUGCAGCUAUCACAGCAUAGCAUAGCAUAGCAUCAUGGAGACCAGCCCAGCAGAGUACCAGCGCGACGACUUUCUCGCCGGCAUUCCCCCGCCUCCCGAGGACGAGUUCUGUGUCUUCGGCACAGUCUACGCUCAUCCAGAGCAUGCAGAUGCUCUCGAGGCUGUAUACGCAGAGACGACACGUGUUGCAGCUUCAGAGCCUGGAAUUCUGUACUAUUGCCUGGCCAGAGACCAGGACGACCGCAACGUGUUCCACUUCUUCGAGCGCUACACUGGACGCAAAGCUUUCGAAGAGCACAACAACACGCCGACUGUGAGGAAGCUGCUGGCUGAUGGCCUCAUCAAAGGCGUAAAAGCAAAGUUCGUCAAAGCUAUCCAGCCGGCUGAAAGUGGUUCGACUUGAAAGCUUGUUGAGAUCAGGCCUGCAAGUUAUACACUUGCCCCCGGGGCGACAGAACUAGAUAUGCUAGCAAGCAACGAUCCAGAGUAACGAAGCAAGACGUGAGACCAUGAGCCAUUCCACCAUAUUGAUGUAAACACCUCCGGCGUCUCGUCGACUUCUUCAUGGUGCUGCGACUUCGCGCGCCCGCAGAUCCUUCCACACUAAAC